UUACGCAAGGAUUUGACAAGGAAGGUAACAGAACAUUCAUCACCUUCAAGGUAAGUGUCCGAAGGUCAGAAUUCGUUGUCACUGGUGAGGAGCCAAGUCACGUGUGCUGUGAGGGAGGAAGGGCCUUGACGACGCCGAAGUCUGAAAGCUCGAGCUUCGCGUCCAUUCUUCUCCUCAACACAACUCUUGCACCACCACUAUUCCAUCAAUCUUUGCGCACGAUCUCGACACUCACAUAGUCGAUACCUCCGCCCAUCUUACAACAUCAUCUGCAUCACUUAACACCUUCCAUCGCGUCUAUCGCGCCGUCAACGCGUCCGUCUACUACGUCACUACAUCGUCGUCGUGCACCUUGCAACAUCACAAUGGCCGACGAACAGCUCCAGACUGCACCUGUCGAGUCACAGGAGGCACAGAACACCACUAUGACUGAGGCUACAAGUGAGGCCCCUGCAGUCACCACUGAGGCCGUCGAAGCGCCCGCUACUACCGAGGCCAUGGACACCUCGGCCGAUAACACUGAGACUAAGGAGAACGAUAUAGCAACUGCUGGACCACAAGCAACCACCGAAGUCAAUGCGCCCGAUGGCGAAGGCAAGACAGAAGUAGCUACUCUUCCUUCCGACGUCGCCGACGCUGCCGAUGCCGCAACACCAUCAGGCAACAAGAACGGAAAGAGAAAGUCAACCUCGGGCGUUCCAGAGCACAAGAGCAAGAAGUUGAACAAGAAGAAGUCGCUAGCUCAGUUGAAUCUUGAUAUCAAGGCCGGCGACUACUACUGGGCCAGACUGAAGGGAUACCCUCCGUGGCCCUCGGUAGUCUGUGACGAGGACAUGCUCCCCGAAAUCCUUCUCGGCAGCAGACCCGUCAGUGCCAAGCGUGCUGAUGGCUCUUACCGUGAGGACUUUGAGGAUGAAGGCAAGAACGCCCGCGACAGAACCUACCCAGUCAUGUUCCUGGGCACCAACGAGUUCUCAUGGAUGGUAAACACUUCCCUUGCCAAGCUCGAACCAGGUGAAUGUACCCCCGACAAGCAAACCGGCAAGAUGUCCAAGGCCUUGAAGGAGGCUUACGACAUCGCCGAAGAACGACACGACCUCGACUACUUCAAGAACAUGCUUGAGGAAUUCAUGCAGCAACAGAAGCAGGCACAAGAGGAGGCAGCUGCCAAGCAAGCCGAGAAGGAAGCCAAGGCUGCCGCAAAGGCUGAGAAGGCCGAAAAGGCCGCUGCUGAGAAGACUACCAAGGAGAAGAAGGAUCGCAGAAAGAGCAAGAGCAAGGAGACGGUCUCUGACGGCGAUGACAUGGAUCUUGAUGUCCCCGAAGAGGCAGAGAAGCCAAACAAGAAGAGAAAGAAGGAUGCCGAUGAUGAGGGCGAGGCCCCCAAGGCUAAGAAGACACCCAAGGCACCAAAGGUCGCAGCCGCUAAGACUAACGGUGAAUCGGCCAAGAAAGCGACAAAGCCUAGAAAGAUCGUGCAGAAGCCCGCAGAUGAAGAACCCAUCACCGAGGCCGAGAAGCAAGAACGUCGCGAAAAAGCCGUCCUUUAUCUGCGCCACAGAUUGCAGAAGGGCUUCCUGAUGCGCGACCAGACACCCAAGGAAGACGAGAUGUCUAGCAUGAACGACUUCUUCAACCAACUCGAGGGCUACCAAAACCUUGAACCCUCCAUCAUUCGCGGCACAAAGAUCUACAAGGUGCUUCGUGGCAUUAUCAAGCUUUCAUCGAUUCCCAAGGAGGAGGAGUACCAGUUCAAGAAGAGAUCAAACGAUCUCCUUGCUUCGUGGCACGAGGCACUCGGUUCCAAGGGCGAUGAGAAGGAAGACGAAAAGGCCGAAGAGCAAACCAGUGGCGAGAAGUCAGAGGAGGUUGUCGAGAAGACGGAACCCAAGGAGCCUACCGAGGUCCCGGCUGCCGCUGCCGCCGACCAGGACGUCGCCAUGACCGACGCAAAGGAAGAAAAUAGUGAGACUGCACCUGCUGCAGCCAGCGAGACCGCAACCACCGCAUAAACGUCGCUUCAUGUUGGCUUUAUUUCAAAAGGCGCGCUACGAAGGUUCAAGGAGCCCUGGCUUGGCUGUCGAGGAAGAUCGACUCAUUGCUUGCAUCGUUUUGCUCAUUUUCCAAGGAGGCUCUGUCAUAGAAGCGAUACGUCUA